GUGGCUGGGGCGGUGACCGGGCGCAGCGCGGCUGCAGCUGGAGCCUAGGAGCGCGCGGAGCCGGCCAUGGGCAAGUCAGCUUCCAAAGAGUUUAAUAAUGAAGUCCUGAAAGCCCACAAUGAGUACAGGCGGCGGCAUGGAGUCCCCCCAUUGAAGCUCUGCAAGAAGCUCAACCGAGAGGCUCAGCAGUAUUCAGAGGCCCUGGCCAGCACAAGGAUCCUCAAGCACAGCCCAGAGUCAAGUCGUGGCCAGUGUGGGGAGAACCUCGCAUGGGCAUCCUACGACCAGACAGGACAGGAAGUGGCUGAUAGAUGGUACGGUGAAAUCAAGAACUACAACUUCCAGCAGCCUGGCUUUACCUCUGGGACCGGACACUUCACUGCCAUGGUGUGGAAGAACACAAAGAAGAUGGGCGUGGGGAAGGCAUCUGCGAGCGAUGGGUCCUCCUUCGUGGUGGCCAGAUACUUCCCAGCAGGAAACAUUGUCAACCAGGGCUUCUUUGAAGACAACGUCCUGCCUCCAAAGAAGUAAUUUGUCCAAUGGAAUGGGAAAGUGGGAGAUACAGGAACACAGCUACAAAGUGCUAGGUCAACAAACAACCCAGCUACAAGUGUGUCCCUGUGGAUGUAUGUGCUUGUGUGUGUGAUGCGCAGAUCUGCCAUGCACAUGCUUGGACAUACUGCUCUGGAUGAGCUCAUUCAUAUUAAAGGAAUGAACAUCAGAAGCAUUUACCCAAAUCAUUACCCACACCACAAUUGUAUUUUGAGAGUUGGAGUGGGGAGGAGAACCAAUUUUUUUUCUUUUUGCUGUUUUUAGAAGCAAAUUUCUUUUGUGCCUUUUUUUCUAAUAUCCAUCCUUGGACUUUUUCUAUGCCACAUAUUUGUAAUGCUAAGAAGUGAAGACCACUCUACUCUACUUUUGGUAGAUAUCUCAGAGUAUUAAACCCUCAUUUAAAUGUGCUAUAAAGCAGCCUGUAUUGACAGCCUAGAGCAGCCAGAGUUGCUUCACAGAGUGGUGAGAUUUCUCAGUUGGAAGACAUGAGGUCAUCCAGCAUGCCUCCUGGGAUUUGCUAAUGGGAUUGCCAACGAACAAAUGGAGCAAAAGCUUUACUUAAACUUCGACGUUUUUGACCCCUGCUCUCGGGGAGUUGGACUAGGUCUGGAAUGCACACAUUCCCCGGCUCCCUGCCCCCAGGUGGCCCAGGGCCUUGUUCUUGAAUUCUUGGAGAGAGCACUUCACACUGCCUGGGAAGCUGGCCCAGAGGCCUUGGAGGAUGAAGUCAGUGGUGCAAGGGUGAGGGUGAGCUCACUCUGCGCCCCUGGAGGGAGCCCUCCAGCCUCUGCCCUGCCCCCAUCUCCAAGGCAGUUCUAGCUCCUUUAGGCAGCUGUGUAGGCAGCUGCACUGCUGCUCGCUCCUGGAAUGUGUGACUAGCCUGAAUGAUCCAGGGUGGUACCCCAGACGGGCUUAGAAAUGCUCAUUUGUUCCGUGUUUUGCCUUAAACUAUACUAAGUCCCUCCUGAAUAGCAGUUUUACAAUGUCUCUCUGGGAUAGACCAACCCAGAUGCCCAGCUGAGUGUCCCUGAACCAUAGCUUCUCCAUCUGCCAAGUUAGCAGGGGCCCAGUCAUGGAAACAGCUUCCUGAAAGUCUGAGUUGAACUGUGAACACAGUCUUAUGCUGUAACCUUCAUUUCAUCCAGGGAUAUUGACUAAUAAGACAAUAAAAUCUUCUUCUUUUGUGUA